UUUUCUUCCUACUAUCAUGACCACAUGGUAAUGCAGAAGAGUUCCAUGGGAACUUCUAUAUGGGGACAUUCGAGCAAAGUUGGUGAUGUAGUACAUAUAAAACUAAACAACAAUGAAGUUACAAGGGCUACUGUAAACAGCAAUCAUAUCUGGGAAGCAAAGUUUACAAGUCCUACCGACCACGGUCCAUACACCGUGUCUGCAACUUCAAGUCUGGGAACAGUUCAGAUCUCUGAUGUCCUCUUUGGUGACGUGUGGGUUUGUUCAGGACAAAGUAAUAUGGAGUUUGGUAAUCUUGGGCUAGUAAAUGCAACGGAGGAAUAUGCUGAUAGUGCAAAUUACCAAAACAUCCGUCUAUUUCGAGUUCACAAGGAAUUUUCUCCAACUCCCUAUACAGAUGUAAAACACAUCGAUGCAUCGUGGCUUAAACCAACUCAGCAGAGCCUUAAGUAUUAUUCAGCGGUUUGCUGGCUUUAUGGAAAAUACUUGUCACAACAUUUUAACUAUCCGAUUGGAUUGGUGGAGGCAAAUUGGGGCGGUACUAGGAUUGAGGCCUGGUCAUCACCAGAUGCUUUAUCUGCGUGUGCAGGAUUCCACGGUCGUCGUAAAAGGAAUCAAAACUCCAAUAAUCAGUUGUACAACGCCAUGAUUUAUCCAAUUCUUAGGAAUACGAUCAAAGGAGCUAUCUGGUACCAAGGAGAGUCAAAUGCUGGGCAUGCGUAUCAGUAUUCUUGUCAGUUCCUUGAAAUGAUAGAGGACUGGAGGAUGAAAUUCAGCAAAGCCUCUGGAGGGACAACUAGUUCAACAUUUCCUUUUGGUUUUGUACAGCUAGCACCUAAUAGAGAAGAGGGAACGAGUCUUGGAUUUCCACAACUCCGCUGGUCACAGACGGCAAAUAUUGGAUACGUUCCUAAUUCACUUCUGCAUAAUGUUUUUAUGGCUGUGGCUAUCGAUCUACCUGAUUUUAAAUCACCCUACGGAAGUAUUCACCCACGUUAUAAGCAUGAUGUAGCCUAUCGCUUGUAUCUUGGAGCACUGGGUGUGGCAUAUCAUCAGCCAGGUGUAGAAUUUGAAGGACCUUUCCCCACUUCUGCCGAAAUGGAUAGCACUCAUCGCCAUCUCACUAUAGAAUACGGACGAGGACUAACACCUAUUGAAGUCAGAUCAAACAAAGGGUUCGAGGUGUGUUGCGUGGAUCAAGCAACCAAGAUCUGCAACUCUUUUGACACCCAUUGGAUGAAUGUAACGAUGACGUCACAUGACUACGCCACUGUUACUCUUGACAUAUCGGCAUGUACGCAUGGCAAUCACGUGGUACAGGUCAGAUAUGCAUGGCAUGAAAGUCCAUGUCCUUUACACCAAUGUGCUGUGUAUGGAAAAUCUAAUAAUCUACCAGGACCUCCCUUUACCUUCCAUGUCAGUUCCUGAAUCAUUUUAAGUUUAU